AUGCUGAGAGGUUGGUUUAGACUAGGGUUGAUAUUUGUUUUGUUAAGCUGGAGUGGACUAAAUGCGAGUCUUGUGCCAAAGGAUAAGGAGUGUCGGAAUAUGGCAUUUCGGCUUACUCCCAUUAACCCAAUCAUGAAUCCCGAGGAUCGAAAAUACUUCAAACGAGCAAUCCCGAGAAUUAUCCAUGAGAUCAGAUUGGGCGAGGACAUCGAUGAAAAUAGAGAUCUAAGUGGGAAUUGGGGCGCAUACUGUGCGGAAAUGGGGUUUGAACACCAUGUCUGGACCGAGCAUACUCCCAACGUGGACAGUGUGUUUGCUGAAAAUAAUGCGGCACUAUUCCAUCAAUUGUGCGAAGAGAAGUGCUAUGGCAGUGCCGAGGACGUCUUGAAGUAUGAAUUGCUUCGGCAUUUUGGAGGUAUUUUCGUGGAUGAAAGCAUUAGUCCGCCUGAAACUGCGGGGGUGUAUGUUGAUUUUGGCAUGAUUGUUCCUCUUAGAGGAUUGCAAGUUCUGGUGAGUAAAGAAGCGAUCGAUGUUGGCAAUAGUGCACUGUAUGCGGAUACCAGACUAAUUGGUGCUUGCAAGAACCACCCAGUUCUAAAAAGCAUUUCCAAGCAGAUAGUUGGCAAUGCCCAUCGGUAUCGCAGAAAGACCGAGUCUCAUGUACGAAAAUAUGCUACCGGCGAAAGGUUGUUUUCCAUGGCGUUGACCGGAAUUGUUGGAGUUCUUCAACCGGCAUACAUUGAGCAGUAUGGCAUGUAUACAGGUGAAUAA